UUAUUGUUAAUGUUACUGUACUGAUGUGUUUUUACUAUGUUGUUGUGAUGAUAUGAUUAACGCUGGUUACUGUAGUAAGUGUAGUCUUUGAGACAGUGCAGGUGAGGUUAGUUUAAUGCUAUGCUUCACACAGACACAGUCUUUGCAUGCAACUAACUCCCUUUACCGGCAUCGUUAAUCUAAGAUCACUCACACACCAACACACCAAAAUUCGGCUCUAAACCUCAGCAUACACAUAUUAUUUAAGGAUGGGGCCCUGAGGAAUUUAAAUGUUAAUUAAAGUCAUUUUCUAUUAUCUUUUGAUAAUUAAUAGUCUUUGAUAGUUAAAAUUAAUUGAUUGCACCAACAUAGUUUGGUGAGCCUUUAAACCACUGUUGGCACUGAUUUAUCAUAGAACCUAUAAUCCCAACCCCCUUUGACCACCCUCCACCAGCUCCAUCUCAUCCAGUCCCCCAGCUCAGCAGGAGCCUAGGUUUUUCCACAACUGAUGGUUCAUCAGGACCAAAACCUCCCACCACAAGAACAGUGUUUGAAUCUGCAGCUGGCCCUGUCAACAAUCAGCCAUUGACACACUCUAAAAACAAAUGUCUUGGCUCAACAAAGAAAAUUAACACAGUUAACAGUUUCCAUCUCUCAUUUUGAGUUGUGACUACAUAGAAUGAAUUUAUGCGCAACCAAAGAACUAUAUUAAGUAAGGCGAAUUAGCUUUUCCUCUACAAUGACAGGUAUUUUUAAUUACCACCUACUAAAUAAUUGGUAGCUUAAACACAAGUUUUUAAGUUGAUUAUUCAUGAAAUUAAGUUGUUCCAAAUAGUUUCCCCAUAUUAUUUAAAAGGCAUUUUAAGUUUCAUGUACUUAAUAACCAAAAUAUUUUUAAGGUGACACACAUUUGCCCUCCAGGAUUUUGGAUCCCUCGACCAUGAUGGUUGCUGUCAUAUGGUCAGACUCUGGGGUGGACCGGUCACUGAUGGUGGCAGUUUUCAUCAGUUGUCUAUUGAGGCCUGCCUCAAAUGCUACAGUUUCCUUGUAUAGCAAAUUAUAAGAAAAAAUACAUUUAUUUAUUAAUAUAUUCAAAGUAUUUUCCCAUUCCAUGCUGUCAACAGCUAUCUGAACAGACCAUUGUUAUGAUAUUACAGAUUGGGGUGUGGCCAGAAGUGUAAUAUACUUAAAACUUUAAUGGACAAGGAGCAGGUUUCUGCCCUGUGUAUUUACACUGCCUACUGUGGAUUUAAUUUUCUUUCAAGAUGUUGAAUUACUUACUCUAAACUUUUUGAGAAUGGUCCUCUUCCUUCUCUCCAAGGCAGUGGUUAGCUACGUCUCUGUGUACUUCAGUUGUAUUGGGCUAUUUUAAAAAAAAAAAGGAAAAAAAGGAUCAAAGGAAAGUAACUAACCACAUAUAAUCUGAAUUGGUGACUGUCAACAAAGAUAAGCCUAAUCAUUUUCAUACAUGGAGAAGCAUGUAUUUUAUAUGUCUGAUUGUCACUCCUGUUGCUCCUGUCCUUGAUGAGACUACAUCCUUAAUUUUUGAUGUGCAAUGGUCAAGUCUGGCCAUUUUCUCUGGAAUUCUUUAUUUAUCUGUAGACCACACAAACGGAAAAAAUUAGAAUUUUAACGUAACCAAAGACCAGGCAAUAGGAGGGGCCAGUCAAGUACCCUGCUAAAUUAUUAAUAUGUAUCCAGUUUAAUACAUACAAACAACAAUGUAGUUUACAGCUAAACACAUAAGAUGUAUCAUGCUGACUCAAAUAAAAAGCUCUCUCAAGCUUAGCCGAUUUGCCAAAUAAAACUUUAUCAUUCGUAUACACUGCUAUGCUACACUGAAGGGUAGAAUUGCUAAACUACGCUGCUAAAUAUGACUAGCCUUAACUAUGUUUAUUAGUACAACAUAUACCAUCAACUGUAUUAACAGAUGUAGCCUUACCUUCAGUCACAAGUCCACUGCUGGUCAAAUCACUGAGCUGCAAUUUUCUGAUGUUAAACUCAGAAAAAAACAAAAUUCUUGUUCUUGGCCCCAAAAACCUUAGAGACUCACUGUCUAAAGAUAUAGUUACUCUAGAUGGCAUUACCUUGGCCUCUAGCACCACUGUCAGGAAUCUUGGAGUUAUCUUUGAUCAGGAUUUGUCAUUUAACUCCCACAUAAAGCAAACCUCCAGGACUGCCUUCUUUCAUUUACGUAAUAUUACAAAAAUUAGACACAUUCUAUCACAGACAGAUGCAGAAAAAGUAAUCCAUGCAUUUGUUACUUCAAGGCUGGAUUACUGCAACUCUUUAUUAUCAGGUUGCCCCAAUAAGUCCAUUAAAACGCUCCAAUUAAUUCAGAACGCUGCAGCACGAGUACUGACAGGAACUAGAAAAAGAGAUCACAUCUCUCCUGUACUAGCUUCUCUGCAAUGGCUCCCUGUAAAAUGUAGAAUAGAAUUUAAAAUCCUCCUCCUCACCUAUAAAGCUCUUCAUGGUCAGGCCCCUUCAUAUCUUAAAGAGCUCAUAGUACCCUAUUACCCCUCUAGAACACUAUGUUCUCUGAAUGCUGGGCUACUUGUGGUUUUCUAUAGUCUCUAAAAGUAGAACAGGAGCCAGAACCUUCAGUUACCAAGCUCCUCUCCUGUGGAAUCAGCUUCCAGUUGUGGUUCGGGGAGGCAGACACCCUCUCCACAUUCAAGAGUAGGCUUAAGACAUUCCUCUUUGAUAAAGCUUAUAGUUAGGGCUGGAUCAGGUGAGUCCUGAACCAUCCCUUAGUUAUGUUGCUAUAGGCCUAGACUAUCGGGGGAUUUCCCAUGGUGCACUGAGCUCCUCUCUUCCUCUCUCUUUCUGCACUCAUUCAUGUCCCAUUAAUGCAUGUUACUAACUUUACUUCUUCCCCGGAGUUCUUGUGCUUUCUCGUCUCGCAGGUUCUUAUCGAUCCUGGUGGAGUCUCCUGCCACGGUCCUGCUAGAUUGCCAUUGCCAAUACUGUUGUUGCUGUGCACCUGUCUGUCUGUCUGUCUGUCUGUCUGUCUGUUAAUGUUAAUGAAGGAAUUUCUUUUUGAAGGACAACAAUGGUGCUCUAUGGCACAGAGAAAGAAGAUAUAUCUGGCUUUGGAUACACACACAAUACUUGUUAGUAUUGACUGGUCUUUUCAUGGGAAAAAUGGAAUAUUGAAUAUUGAAGCUGCAAGCAGAAAUGAUCACUCAGUGAUCGCAAAGCCAAUCGAACAGAAUCUAAUGCAUUCAUGCCCAUUCACUCACCGAUGCACAGCAUCAGGAGCAAUUCAGGGUUCAGUAUCUUGCUCAAGGAUACUUCGGCACAUGGCAGGAGGAACAUACCAACAACCUUCCGAUAAGUGGACGACCAGCUCUGCCUCUAAGCCACAGCCGCCCCACUAUGUAAAGCAUGGCUAUGAAGCUGCUCAUUAGGUGGCACCAUCAAGCCAUUUUGCCACGCCCAUGUAUGACAAUGGGGAGCUGCAGACCAACCAGCUUCCUCGCAGCCUGCUGCUGAUGCAUCGCUGGUACCUUACAUCCUCAGAUCUGGCUGGAAAACUACUGAUGAUAUACCGUGACUGCAAUGGUGACAACUGCCAGAGAACCAGGCUGAAGAUUUGUUAUUUAAUGAGGUACUGGAUAGUGACAUUCCCUGCUGAGUUCAAUCUAGACAUGGGUCUGAUCCAGAUAACAGAAGAGUUCAGAGAUGUGGCUGCCCAGCUUGGCUGUGAGGAGCAUUUCAAACUCCUCGACAUCUCCACCAUUCCAUCAUAUGACUGGAUGCGCAAGCUGACCCAGCGAAAGAAGCAGGCAAAGAAAGGCAAGGCCUCACUGCUGUUUGACCACCUGGAGUCCAUGGAGCUGGCUGAGCAUCUCACCUUCCUGGAGUUCAAGUCUAUCCGGAGGAUAUCGUUCACUGAUUACCAGAGCUAUGUGAUGCAUAGCUGCCUGGUGGACAACCCGACCCUGGAGCGCUCCAUUGCUCUUUUCAACGGAGUCUCGCAGUGGGUCCAGCUCAUGGUGCUCAGCAAGCUAACACCUCAGACCCGUGCAGAGGUUAUUACCAAAUACAUCCAUGUGGCUCAGAAACUUCUGCAGCUGCAGAACUUUAACACUCUGAUGGCCGUGGUGGGGGGACUGAGUCACAGCUCCAUUUCUCGACUAAAGGAGACUCACUCUUUUCUGGCUCCAGAAGUUGUGAAGAUCUGGAGCGAGAUGACAGAGUUGGUCUCUUCCAACAACAACUACUCUUGCUACCGAAAGGCCUUCAAUGAAUGCCAAGGCUUUAAAAUCCCCAUCCUGGGUGUGCACCUUAAGGACCUGAUUGCAGUGCAUGUAGUCUUUCCUGACUGGGUUGAUGACAGUAAUAAGGUGAACCUGGUGAAGAUGCAUCAGCUCUACAUGACCUUCAAUGAGUUAGUUUCAUUGCAGAGUGCAGUGGCCCAAGUGGAGCCCAACAUGGACCUCAUCUACCUGUUAACGCUUUCUUUAGACCUUUAUUACACAGAAGAUGAAAUUUAUGAGCUGUCAUUGCUAAGGGAACCACGUAACACAAAGUCAUUGCAUACCUCACCAACGACUCCCAACAAGCCCCUGGCUCCACUGGACUGGGCCUCCCAUGUCACCACUAAACCAGACCCUUCUGUGGUCAAUAAACAUAUCAGGAAGGUGGUGGAUUCUGUAUUUAGGAAUUAUGACCAUGACCAUGAUGACUAUAUUUCUCAAGAGGAUUUUGAGAGCAUCGCUGCUAACUUUCCCUUCCUGGACUCCUUCUGCGUUUUGGACAAAGAUCAAGAUGGAUUGAUCAGUAAGGAUGAGAUGAUAGCGUAUUUCCUUCGGGCUAACCCACUGCUCCAGUGUAAGAUGGGUCCGGGUUUCAUCCACAGCUUCCAGGAGAUGACAUACCUGAAGCCCACCUUCUGUGAACAUUGUGCUGGAUUUCUCUGGGGAAUCAUCAAACAGGGCUACAAGUGCAAAGACUGUGGAGUAAACUGUCAUAAACAAUGUCGGGAGCUGCUGGUUCUGGCCUGUAGGAAGCUGAUCCGCUCCAACUUUCUUGGCAAUGUUUCUCCAGCCAGACUGACCCAUAGCUCACUACCCAGCAGCCCUUCAUUGCCCACCUGUGAAGAUGAGGACGAGGUGUUUGAGUUCCCAACAAUCACCUCAGCAGGUCCAGCUCUGGAUCCUCAGUCCAUCACCCUUAUGACUGGCUCAGCCCAGAGGAUCUCUGUGCGCCUGCAGAGGGCCACCACAAGCCAGGCCACCCAAACUGAGCCCUUGUGGCCCGAACACAGCUGGGGAACUACAGAUGGUGGCUCCCACACCUUCCCCAAAAUGAAAUAUAGGACUAAUAGGAAAACAUCUAAAAAUAAAGGAUUUGCCCGCUGGGAAAACCAAAAUAACGGGCAGCAACAGGCAUUUUCCACUCGGUGCAGCAUGGACUCUCAGGAGAAGUCAGAUGCCACAGGACAGUUUGUACAGAAUGGGAUUACACACAGAGGGAAGGUAAUGGAAUAGGUGGUUUUAUUGUUUUAUUUAGGUGACAUCUGUAACAUUUUAACAUCAAUAAAACAUUACUAUAUUCAUCUUAAGACAACACUUAUCUGACAAUGGUAGAUGGUGAAAUGUGGAGGUGGAAUCAAUCUUGUUGCAGACAUGAGUAUUUUUGACCUCAGGAAAAGUAUAGCAUUGGCAAAAUAACUUCAAGGUCCACUUACUAGCUUUCUCCAGAGUUAUCCCCCUCAUCUCAUAGUCAUCAUCUGCAGAUAGUAUUGUCACACUGAUCACAUCUGAGCUAUUUCCUUAAAAAAUGAGGCAGUGUCAUUCACUAAUGAGGGUUGAGAAUAUUUGGUCAAACCAUGAACACCACCUCAAUGAGGCCCCUAGGGGGCAGACAGAAAUCAACAAUGCAUUAAAGCCAUGCGUAGUAGCUAAAUGUCAAUAGCUGUUUUCCUUUUGGAAACAGAGCAGUUACAGCAAGAAAUUCUACAGACGUGUCUAUAAAGCUACAGUUCCACCAGUUGCUGAUUCUGUAAAUCAACAGAAAACCUUCAAAAUCUCUCUGAGGCCAAAGUCAGUUGAGGGUGAGGGACUUUUUGCUGUGAGGCAACAGUGCAAACCACUAAGCCACCAUUUCCCAUUUUAAUCUACAUCAUAAAUAAUAACAUAUUCAGGGCGAGUCUGAUGUCUCUUAGGGUUGAACACAUUUUAAUCAACAUUUCCAGUAGGUCAUGUGAGGCUGAAAAUCAAAUCAUUUUAAAACAUUCUAAUCAUAAGCAUUAUCCACCAGAAUAUCAAUAAUUGCAGCAGCAAAUAAUAAAUUAAUAAAAUAAAACAUGUUGCUGCCAGUCAGUAUUUGAACAGUUGAUUACAUUUAUUCACUGUGGUUUGACUGAUCUGAUCUGACCACUGUAAUACAGAAUAAUGCAAGUCUUUAAUAAAUGUGCAGAUAUUUGUCAAAGUUAUUUUUAAGUCCUACUUUUAGGACAUUUAUAUAAAUGCACUGUCGCCUCACAGCAAAAAGUCCCUCACCCUCAACUGACUUUGGCCUCAGAGAGAUUUUGAAGGUUUUCUGUUGAUUUACAGAAUAGUGUAACAGUCAUGUAGUCACAACAGUCACUCUGAUUUGAUCAAAAUAUGUUAAAUUAGGGGCGCACGGUAGCUUACAGAAUAGUGUAACAGUCAUGUAGUCACAGCAGUCACUCUGAUUUGAUCAAAAUCUGUUAAACUACUGUGAGCGCAUGGUAGCUCACUUGGUAGAGCGCAUGUUCCAUUAGGCUGGGUCCUUACCGCAGCGGCCCAGGUCGGAUUUUGAUCUGCAUUUUUUAGAAAUGCUCAAACUAUAGGUGCUUAGCAGAAACCCGCAAGUGGCUGAAAGUGGUGUUUCUAAGGCAGUGUUUAAUCUUUGUAAAAUUAUUUUGACAGAGAAUUGAAUUGUGAAAUGAUGCCAAAAUGUAAAAAUUUGCAUUGUAUUCUACAAAAUCAUGGGAAUGUAUUCUUUCACAUUUGUUCCUCUAAUAUUUGUUUUAUUUGUUCUGUACAUUUCUUUUGAUUAAAAGUGUGCCUUGAAAAACUGAAGAGAA